AUGAUCCGAGACUUUGGCGUCGAGCAGAACGACAUUGCCCGCUGGGCAGGCCUCACCUCGGCCGUCUUCUCCAUGGCCCAGAGCAUCACCGCCGUCCCCUGGGGCAGGGCCGCCGACCGCUACGGCAGGAAGCCUACCCUCAUCCUCGGCAUGGUAAGUACCAUGAUCUGCUUCGUCGCAUGGGGCAUGUCGACCAGUCUUCCCAUGGCCAUCACUGUUCGUGCCAUCCAGGGAGGUGGUAACGGAAACGUCGGCAUCAUCCGAACAAUGGUGGCAGAGAUGGUCCCUCAAAAGGAGCUGCAACCGCGCGCCUUCUCCAUCAUGCCCCUGGUCUGGUCCAUCGGAUCCGUCGUCGGCCCCAGCUUCGGCGGCUUCUUCGCCCAGCCGGCAAAGCAGUACCCCUCCCUCUUCGGCCACAUGGCCUUCUUCAGGAGAUUCCCCUACGCCCUGCCCAACCUGGUGGCCUGCAUCUUCUUCGUCGUCUCCCUCGUCAUCGCCGCCCUCUUCCUCCACGAGACCCUCGCGGCCAAGAAGGGCGAGCACGACUGGGGUCUGCUCGUCGGCAAGCGCCUCUCCCGCGCCUUCAGGCGUCGUCCCGCCGGUCCCGAGAAUCGUCUCCGCAGAUCCUUCGUCGACGGUGAGGCCACGGCUCCCCUUGUCCCCAGCAAGGCCGUAGUUUCCGGGAGCGGCAGCGGAAGUGGCAACCACAAUGACAGCGGCGGCGGCGGCGGCGGCGGCGGCGGCGGCGGCGGCGGCAUCGAUGACAAUGGCAAGAAACAGCACCGUCACGUCGUGAAACCCCCCAGUCUGAGAGACGUGCUCACCCGUCAGACCGUCAUCAACCUCGCCUCCUACACCUUCCUCGCCUUCCACUCCGUCGCCUACGAUCAGAACGUCACCGUCCUACUCAACCAUCCCCGCGAGUCCAACGCGUUCGCCGGCUUCCGCUUCCCCUUCUACUUUAACGGCGGCUUCGGCCUCAAGUCGGGCGAGAUCGGUACCAUAUUUACCCUUUACGGAAUAGCCUGCGGUCUGAUCCAAUUCCUCGUCUACCCUCGGUUGGUAUCUGCCUAUGGAGUUCUUCACUGUUUUCGUAUCUGCUCUCUAAUCCUCCCAAUCUCCUAUUUCCUAACCCCUUACACGGCCCUCUUCGAAGACUCAACCACGCGCUUCGUCGCCCUCGCCAUCGUCAUGCUAGUCAAGGGCUUCGGCAUCAUCAUCGCCUUCCCGUCCACCACCAUCCUCCUGACCAACUCGUGCACGUCGGUCCGCGUCCUGGGCACGCUCAACGGCUUCGCCACGUCGCUGAGCGGUCUGGGACGCGCCUUCGGCCCCCUCCUCACCGGCAUGGCCUUCACCUGGGGUGCCAACCACGGAUACAUCGUCGCUCCCUACGCCUUCCUGACCCUGAUCGCCGCCCUGGGUGCCAUCCCUGUCUUCAUGAUUAUCGAGGGUGACGGGCUGGCCUCGGAGUCUUCUGAUGAAGGGGAGGACGAGACGGAGUCUGACGAUGAGUAUGCUGUCAUUGACGAGGCGGACGGGGAUGAGUGCGAGCCUCUUUUAUCGGGACCGACGACUUCUUAUGCUGCUACGGCUACGGCUACGAGUAAGCGAUGA